AUGCUUGCCAUUGUGGAUGACAUCAAGAAGAAGUGCUGCUAUGUGGCCCUUGAUUUCAAGGCGGAGUGGAACCGUCCCAAGAAAGAAUACAUGAUGGACUACCAGCUGCCGGACGGCCAGACCAUUCAAUUGGGAAAGGAGAGAUUCCAGUGCCCGGAAAUGUUAUUCCAUCCUCCGCAGAUGCCAGGGCUUUCUGUCUUCGGAGUCCCCGGCAUGGCCCUAAAAAGCUUGCAGAAGGUGCCAGAAACCUGCCGGAAAGAGAUGUAUGAAAACAUCCUUCUGUGCGGAGGCUCUUCUGGGUUUGAAGGGUUCGAGAAGAGGUUCACCCACGACCUCUUGGCCAGCCUGCCCUCCAACACGAAAGUAAACGUCACAGCCGUGCCGCUCCGGAAAUACUCCGUCUGGACUGGGGGAUCCAUCCUCGCGUCUCUGAAUAACUUUCAACCCUGCUGGAUCCGGAAAGAGCAAUAUCAGGAACACGGGCCAUAUAUUGUCCACCGGAAGUGCUACUGAACUUGGGGGAGUUGGAUUCUCACCAAGCCAUCCACAAAGGGGGAAAGGUAUCAAAACAAAAUAAAUCCAUGUGUUUGCA